UGUCUCUGACCCAGCGGAAGUGGUUUCGACGAGGGAGGGGGGAGUCUUUUUCCCGGUUGGGGAACCGCCAGGGGUUCCUGAGAAGCAGCACCGCCGGGCCAGGAAGAGAUCCUGUUUGUAAAUCAGUAAAGGCUAAGAACCAAUCAUUUGAUAAGGAGAGAUGGAUGGAGAAGAGAAAACAUAUGGUGGGUGUGAAGGCCCUGAUGCUAUGUAUGUAAAACUGAUAUCCUCUGAUGGUCAUGAAUUCAUUGUUAAACGAGAACAUGCACUCACAUCAGGAACAAUAAAAGCUAUGUUGAGUGGCCCAGGACAAUUUGCUGAAAAUGAAACAAAUGAAGUAAAUUUUAGAGAGAUUCCUUCCCAUGUCCUAUCCAAAGUAUGCAUGUAUUUCACCUACAAGGUUCGCUACACUAACAGCUCCACAGAGAUCCCAGAAUUUCCUAUUGCACCUGAAAUUGCGCUGGAAUUGCUGAUGGCUGCAAACUUCCUAGAUUGUUAAAUAAAAUAAAUUAUAAUAAAAAUGUAAACUUCCCUCAGUAUUUAAAACAUGUAGUUCAGUUAGUAUCUUUUUUUUUUCAUCUAGCAUGUUCUGUAUUUUUGGUUAAGAAAUGUAAUGGUCACAGUUGCUGACAGUGAUUUUGCAUAUGGCCCAUUCAUGAUCAGAUUUUGUUUUGGUGCUUACACAAGUCACAGACUUACUACCAACUGACAAAUAAACAAACAUGCCAAUUA